AUGGGUCGCAUAUCGAAUGGUACGCUUGGACCACAACUUGGCGGUCACCAUCAACAUCCACCUUCUGCACAAAACUCGGCCGGGAUCCAAACGCUGCUCGACGCUGAGCGUGAAGCCCAGAAGAUCGUCCAGCAAGCCAGAGAGUACCGCACCAAGCGCGUAAAGGACGCCCGCUCCGAAGCUCAAAAGGAGAUUGACGAGUACCGCAACAAGAAGGAGGAAGAGUUCAAGCAAUUCUCAACACAGCACACCAGCGGCAACGAGCAAGCCGAGAAGGAUGCCGGCAAGGAGACCGACGAGAAGCUGAAGGAGAUCAAGAGCAUUGGCGACAAGGAGGGCCACACGGUCGUCGAGAACCUGCUACGCGCCGUCACCGACGUCAAGCCUCAAGUCCCCGACAGAGUCGAGCAGCCCGUCGCAUGAUCCGCUUGACAUUCGCAUCCCCUCAUAAUCACACCUUCUGCCUCUAGCCGCUCUGCUUUUUCCUCGUUGUAGAUAUCCUCUUCCGAAUCAUAG